ACUACGGCUCCCAGCGCGCCCCGCGCGGGCUCCCGGCCGCCCCCUUCGCCGCCUCCCGCCGGUACCGAGCGGCUCGCGGGUGUCGGCGCUGCCCGGUUGCCGCCGCCGCCCUGGCCCCUCCUCCGCCGCCCGCGCCGGGACAUGGACUCCGACUCCUGCGCAUCCCCGUUCGCCCCGGAGGACUUCUCCCCCGCCGCCCGGCGGCGCCGAACCGUGGAGGACUUCAACAAGUUCUGCACCUUCGUGCUGGCCUACGCCGGGUACAUCCCGUACCCGCAGGAGGAAACGCCGCUGCGGAACAGCCCCAGCCCCCCCAACAGCACCGGAGGCACGAUUGACAGCGAUAGCUGGGAUCCCCGGUUCAAUGACAUCCCCUCCUCCGUGUCCCUGCCCGCAAAGAGCAGGAAGAACUUCAGCCAGCUCAAGCGAGCGAAACCCUACGGUUCCCUGUUCCAGCGGGCGAAACCCGGCAACUUCCUGCCCGAGAGAAAGCAGAUCGAUAAGAUCAGGAAGAAGAAGAAGCUGAAGAGGAGGGAAACAGAGGUGUCCGCAGAGGAGGACUACGAGGAGAAGCUGCUGGAGCUGGAGGCAGAGGACUCUUACGUAGAGACACCGAUGAGCCCCUCAUCCGAGGGCGAUGCGCCGUCGGCCGCCGAGCACUGCUCGGUGUGGGACUCUGACACCCCCUCCAGCGGGUCCUGCCCUGCCGGUGCCCCUGAGCCGGCUGUGCAGAUCCAGAGCGUGGGCAAGCGCACGGUCAUCCGGCAGGGCAAGCAGGUGGUGUUCCGGGACGAGGACGGCACCGGCGACGACGAGGACAUCAUGGUGGAUUCGGAUGACGACUCGUGGGACCUGGUCACUUGCUUCUGCAUGAAGCCCUUUGCGGGGCGGCCGAUGAUCGAGUGCAACGAGUGCCACACCUGGAUCCACCUCUCCUGCGCCAAAAUCCGCAAGUCGAACGUCCCCGAGGUCUACAUUUGCCAGAAGUGCCGGGACUCCAAGUUUGACAUUCGCCGUUCCAACCGCUCCCGGACGGGCUCGCGCCGGCGCUUCCUGGACUAAGGGGGUUUGGACGGUGCCGGGGCCGGGGGGGGGGGCUCCCCCGAACUGCUGCUGCUCAGGCUGAGGGGCCGCCCGCCGGCCCGCGGUGACCGGGAUGAGGAGAGGCCGAGUGGUCACAACUGCUGCUAGAUACGGAUUAGCUCAAGGACAGACCAAGCGGGGCUUUGCCCGCUUCCAACCAUGGACUGGGUGAUGGGGGAAUGUAUGGUACCUUUGCCACAUACGUUUCCUCAUCCCGUCGGGAGACUGCAAACCUCCUCCGUGCUCUCCAAAGAGAGGGGAAGAGGAGGGAGUCUGUGUGAAGAGUCUGAGAAGUAAAUGGCCAUGUGUUUUAAUUUCAGUGUAAUAUUAUCCCUGCCCGUUUGUCUGUACGUAUCAGUCUCAGAUAUUCUAAGGCUCUGUAGGGGUGUUGAUGUGUCCCAAUGUGCUGCCUCCUUCCCAGGCUCAGGCAGAGGGGAGUUCUGGGAUUUGGCAUCAUCCAAGUGAGAAUGGGACUUUGUCCUGCGCAAGUUGUAAGGAAGAGAGCAGCCCUGUUCCAUUUGGGAUCAGCAGCAUCGGGUUCCUCCCUAGAAGGUCUCUUCUGAUGGUGCUUUCUCAUGACUUUGUUUUGCAUGAUCAGCUCGAUGUAAGGGGGAGGCUGUUUCCUCUGUUCCCUGGCCCUUUGUUAAACUCUUAAGGUGCUGUUUUAGGGCAGUGAUGACUCUCCUCUUCCUCAGCCCAGAAUUCAAACAUGGACUGCAAAAGGGGCCGUAGUAAACCUAGAACCUGGCGGGUCUGCUCUGGGACUCUAUCGUUUCCAUCCGAGUGCUGCAGCUGAGCUGACUUUUCUUUUCACUUUUGGUUUUGGAGACUGGAUUUGUAAUUAACCCCCCCAAAUCUUUAACCUCUCGGUUGCAAACGAUGCAGAUAAAAGCAGAUGCGGCUCUGCAGGCAGCAGGGUGAAGUGCAAUGAAGAUCCAGCCGGUGUGGGGGAGUCCAGGAGAGUGCUGAGGCCCUUGACGGGACUUCCAGGG